AUGGUAGAUGAAUCACGUGAUAUUUCAACAAAGGAGCAAAUGGCGGUGAUUUUGCGUUAUGUGGACAACAAAGGUCAAGUAAUUGAAAGGUUCGUGGGAGUCCAACAUGUUACUGAAACAACUUCAAGUAAACUAAAGGAGUCCAUUGAUGAGUUCUUGAAACUACAUGAUUUGAGUUACUCAAACCUACGAGGUCAAGGUUAUGAUGGAGCGACUCUUGUUGCCGUAGCAAAGAAAAACUCCGAUGUUGGCGCUUUUUUCACUUUGACUAAUAGUUUGGUGAAUGUUGUUGAAUACUCAUGUAAGCGUCGUGAUGCACUUAGAGAUAAACAACAAGAAAAUCUCAUGAAAGCUAUUGAAAAUGAUUGUCUUGAAACGGGGCAAGGGUUAAAUCAAGAAACUAGUCUCAAGUGUGCUGGGGAUACACGGUGGAAUUCACAUUAUGGUGCUUUGAUUAGUUUGAUUACAAUGUUCUCAUUUGUGGUGGAUGUGCUUGACAUGAUUGUUGAAGAUUGCCACAAUAAUAGUGCUGAUGAAAUUGAGGUGCUUAAUAUGGAUGAUUUAUAUGUCAUUCAAGGGAAGUCAUUGCGUAAGGCUCCAAGAAAGACCAAUCGUCAUCAUUACAAAGUGGAGCUCUUUUUUGAGAUCAUUGAUUUCCAACUAACAGAAUUAGAUGAUCGCUUCACUGAAGGUAAUACUGAAUUGCUUAUUUUCUUGGCAUGUUUGAGUCCGAAUGAUUCAUUUGUAGCUUUUGAUAGAGAGAAGCUUGUUCGCCUUGCUCAGAUGUAUCCUAAAGAUUUCAUGGAUCGAGAUAGAUUGGCACUUCAAGAUCAACUUGAUAUUUACAUUCAUUUUGUGCGUUCUGAUAAUGAUUUUUCUCAAUUGCGGGGGAUUAAUGAGCUUGCUAAGAAAAUGGUGGAGAAAGGGUUGCAUCGAACAUUUGCAUAUGUAUAUUUGCUUGUUCAACUGGCUUUGGUUUUACCGGUUGCAUCCGCUUCAGUGGAUAAGGCAUUUUCUGCUAUGAAUAUCAUUAAGGGACCCCCCGAAUUUAAAAUCCAGGAUCCGCCAUUGCUCAUAAGGGCAAUCGACUAA